UGUCCCCGCCAUGGAGCUCGGUGUGAUUCAUCAGCAGCGGCGGCGGGGCGGCAGCGGGGUACCGCGCACCGUCCCCGCUUAGGCACGGCCGCGGUGGGGGGGAGCCGCCCCCCCAUUCACCCCCCCACUCCCGGCACCGCUCUGCCACCUGCACCGCCCUCCUCCUCCUCCUCCUCAUCUUCCUCCUCCUCCUCUUCCUCGCCGCCCGCUCCUCAGCCCCCGCGGCGACGCCAGCAUCCCGGGGGAGGCAAGAUGGAAGAAAUCCUGCGAAAGCUGCAGAAGGAGGCGUCGGGGAGCAAGCACAGGGCCAUCAAGGAGAGCUGCACCUGGGCCAUCGAAACGUUGGAUUCUCCUGAUGCUACUACUAAGAUACCUCCGUAUCAGCUAAGGGGGUUUUGUCUCCUUCCUCUCCAACUGGCUCUGGAAUCGAAGAGCGUGAAGCUGGCCCAACAGGCUUUAGCAGGGAUGCAGAAGCUGCUCUCUGAUGAGAGGUUUGUAUCCGUGGAAACAGACUCAGAUGAGAAGCAGUUGCUUAAUCAGAUGCUGAAUGCCGUCAAAGUGACUCCUUCGCUCAACGAAGACCUGCAGGUUGAAGUGAUGAAGGUCUUGCUCUGUAUAACUUACACCUCCACGUUUGAGCUGAAUGGGAGUUCAGUGUUGAAGAUUGCUGAGUUGUGUUUUGCAUGUCAUAGAGCUGGAAGUCCCCGAAUGCAUGAAAUGAUCAAAAUGUCCAUUGCGCGUCUCCUCGGGGCCCUGAGCUCUCGCGUUUUUAUUGCUGGUUCUUCAUCAGUGGCUUUUCAAAAGGUUUGCAUUGAGACAUAUGUAUCUAGCUGUCACCAGCGGAGCAUUAACACCGCUGUGCGGGCAACCCUCAGCCAAAUGUUGAGUGACUUGACUUUACAGUUACGGCAAAAGCAAGAAAAUAUGACAAUUGAAAACCAUGACGUCUCGCAGAAAUUCAAGAGCCAAGGUACUUCAGCUGAGUCUCUUUGUGAUGAUGUUGUAUCUGUCCUCACUGUGCUCUGUGAGAAGCUCCAGGCUGUCAUAAAUGACAAUCGGCAACUUCAGCUUCUUUACUUGGAGUGCAUCCUCUCCAUGUUAAACAGCUCCUCGUCCAGCAUGCACCAGCACAAGGGAUUCACUGAUCUCAUAUGGAAGCAACUGUGUCCAGCCCUAGUGGUAAUCCUGGGAAAUCCAAUCCAUGACAAAACUAUCACCUCAGCCCACAGCAGCAUCUGCCUUGAGGCUGAUUCACCUUCUUCAGGGAUCUCUGAUCAUGGCCGGGGUUCAGGUUGUUCCUCCACAGCACCUGCCCUGAGUGGGCCCGUCGCACGGACCAUAUAUUACAUUGCAGCAGAACUGGUUCGACUGGUGGGGUCGGUGGAAUCCAUGAAGCCUGUGCUGCAGUCUCUCUAUCACCGGAUAUUGCUUUACCCACCACCUCAGCACCGAGUAGAAGCCAUCAAAAUUAUGAAGGAGAUACUUGGCAGUCCUCGGCGGCUUUGUGAUUUGGCAGGGCCCUGCUCUUCCGAGUCAGAAUCCAGGAAGAGGUCUAUUUCUAAAAGGAAGUCCCAUCUGGAUCUUCUCAAGCUGUAUGCUUUGUUUACCCACCUUAUCCACGCCCCCAAAGUGACGACAGUGGAAAGUCCGAGAAGGCAGCAGCACAGAGCUUUCAAACCCUCACGAGGUAUGAUGCACUCACCAGGAUUUGAGGGAAACCUAAAUUUCAGCUUCCAGACUCUGAUGAAUGCAGACAGCCUCUACAUGGUCUCACAUUACACUCUGCUGCUCAACCUAAAAUUGGCCAACUCGGAUUACUACAGAAAGAAGCCUGCCCAAGCCCCUGUGUUGCUGAAGGAGUUCAUGAAGCAGGUCCAGUCCAGUGGAGUGUUGAUGGUAUUUUCCCAGACCUGGGUUGAAGAACUGUACCACCAGGUACUAGAAAGGAACAUGCUGGGGGAAGCUGGAUACUGGGGAAGCCCUGAAGAGCACAGCCUUCCACUUAUCACCAUGCUGACCGACAUCGAUGGCUUGGGGAGCAGUGCAAUUGGUGGCCAGUUGAUGGCAUCUGCUUCAGCUCAAUCUCCGCUUUCCCAAAACCGGAAGACAGAUGAUUCCGUUGUUGCAGGAGUUGCUUUUGCCCGAUACCUUUUAAUUGGCUGUUGGAAAAACUUGAUCGACACUUUGUCCACACCACUGACCGGCCGCAUGGCGGGGAGCUCCAAGGGGCUGGCCUUCAUCUUGGGAGCAGAAGGAGCCAAGGAGCAGAACCAAAAGGAGAAGGACUCCAUCUGCGUGAGCCUGGAUGGACUGAGGAGAGCAGCCCGGCUGAGCUGUGCUCUAGGAGUUGCUGCUAAUUGUGCAUCUGCUCUUGCCCAAAUGGCUGCUGCUUCCUGUGUCCAAGAGGAGAAAGAAGAAAAAGAAAUCCAAGAGCCCAGUGAUACUAUAGCUCAAGUGAAACAGAAAGUGGAGCAGAAACUGGAGCAGAUGGGGAAAGUGCAGGGAGUCUGCCUGCACACAGCUCAUGUUUUGUGUAUGGAUGCAGUCCUUAACGUGGGCCUGGAGAUGGGGAGCCACAAUCAGGACUGUUGGCCUCAUGUGUUCAGGGUGUGUGAGUACAUCAGCACGCUGGAGCACACCCACUUCAGUGAUGGUGCUUCCCAGCCCUCCCUCACCAUCACCCAGUCACAGCAGGCACACACAGGGCUGCACCCAGACCCCCAGCCUGGGGACUCUCCCCAGGUGCUGACCCCCGAGCAGGAGACCACCCUCAGCAGCAAUCCUGUCAUUCAGCCCGUUUCUAUCCAGGAACUCAUCAAGGAGAGCAGUAAGGGCAGAGCUUUUGACUUCCGUGGAGGCAGCCUGCUGUGUGGGACCAGCGCUGCCAAGGCUGUUCUCACACUCUCCACGCAAGCUGACAGACUCUUUGAAGAUGCUGCUGACAAGUUAAACUUGAUGGCACUGGCAGGCUUCCUUUACCAGCUGAAGAAGGCUUCUCAGGCCCAGCUUUUCCAUUCAGUCACAGAUACAGUUGAUUACUCCCUCGCAAUGCCAGGUGAAGUAAAAUCUACCCAGGACAGAAGAAGUGCACUUCACUUGUUCCGACUCGGUGAUGCCAUGCUCAGGAUUGUAAGGAGUAAAUCUCGCCCGUUGCUCCACCUCAUGCGCUGCUGGAGCCUGGUGGCACCUCACCUCGUAGAGGCUGCUUGUCACAAGGAGAGACACGUGUCCCGGAAGGCUGUCUCCUUCAUCCAUGACAUCCUCACUGAAGUGUUGAUGGACUGGAAUGAGCCUUCUCAUUUUCACUUUAAUGAGGCGCUUUUCCGCCCCUUUGAGCGUAUCAUGCAGCUGGAGCUGUGUGAUGAGGAUGUCCAAGACCAGGUGGUCACCUCGAUAGGAGAGUUGGUGGAGAUGUGUUCUACCCAGAUCCAGUCGGGAUGGAGACCCCUGUUCAGUGCCCUGGAAACGGUUCACAGCAGCAGCAAGUCAGAGGUUAAAGAGUACCUUGUAGGAGAAUACUCUAUGGGGAAACGCCAAGCUCCGGUGUUUGAUGUCUUUGAAGCAUUUCUAAACACAGACAGCAUCCAGGUCUUUGCCAAUGCCGCCACCAGUUAUAUUAUGUGCCUUAUGAAGUUUGUCAAAGGACUGGGGGAAGUAGAUUGUAAGGAGAUGGGUGACUGUGUGCCAGGAUCAGGAUCUGCAUCCACAGACUUGUGCCUUCCCGCCCUUGAUUACCUCAGGAGAUGUUCUCAGUUGUUAGCCAAAAUCUAUAAAAUGCCCUUGAAACCCAUCUUUCUCAGUGGCCGGCUGGUGAACUUGCCCCGAAGGGUGCAGGAGCAGUCGGCCAGCAGCGAGGACGGGAUUGAGUGCAUCCUCUCUGACUUUGACGACGACACCAGUCUUAUCAACGUCUGGAUUAUUCUGCUGGAAGAGUUAACAACUGCCAUAUCCAACUGUCCCCGCCAGCACCAGCCUCCUACUUUGGAUCUGCUCUUUGAAUUGCUGAGGGACGUUGCCAAGACACCUGGCCCAGGAUUUGGCAUUUAUGCAGUUGUACAUCUUCUUCUCCCCACGAUGUCUCUUUGGCUCCAUCGCAGCCACGGUGACCAUUCUUACUGGGACGUGGCAUCUGCUAAUUUCAAGCACGCCAUCGGCCUUUCCUGUGAGCUCGUCGUGGAGCACAUCCAGAAUUUCAUACACUCAGAUAUUGGUUAUGAAAAUAUGAUCAACACUAUGCUGAAAGAUCUUUUCAAGCUGCUGGUGGCCUGUGUAGCAGAACCAACAGAAAUUAUUUCCAGAGUUGGCUGCUCUUGUAUCAGGUACGUGUUGGUGACAGCAGGGCCUGUGUUCACUGAAGAGAUGUGGAGACUCGCGUGUUGCGCCCUGCAGGACGCCUUCUCGGCCACUCUGGAGCCAGUAAAGAACCUGUUGGGCUAUUUCCACAGUGGUUCCGAAAGCUUUAGUGGAGACGCCUGUGAAGUGAAGGUGGCAGCUCCCUCCCUCUCGCCAAGUGCUGAAGCCGAGUACUGGAGAAUCAGAGCCAUGGCACAACAGGUCUUCAUGCUGGAGACUCAGUGCUCCCCAAAGACCCCUAGCAACAAGGAAGGGUUUGAACAUGCCCAGUCGUGCGUGCUCAUCAUUGACCUGCCAUCAGAUAAGAAACCCAAUGGGCAUACCCAGAGAAGUAUUCCUUUCAGGACGAUAGUGGUGAGCUUGCUGUCCCACCAAGUACUGCUCCAGAAUUUAUAUGACAUCUUACUGGAAGAAUUUGUGAAAGGCCCUUCUAACUUGGAGGAGAAAAUGACGAUCCAAGUACCGGAAAACAAGUUGGCUGGUUUUCUCAGGUACAUCUCCAUGCAAAACCUGGCUGUCAUCUUUGACUUACUGCUGGACUCCUACAGAACAGCCAGGGAGUUUGACACCAGGCCCGGGUUGAAGUGUCUGCUGAAAAAAGUGUCUGGCAUUAGUGGAGCUGCCAACUUGUAUCGCCAGUCAGCCAUGAGCUUCAACAUCUAUUUCCAUGCCUUGGUUUGCGCGAUCCUGACGAACCAGGAGAACAUCACUGCAGAGCAAGUGAAGAAGAUCCUCUUCGAAGACGAUGAGAGAAGCACGGACUCGUCACAGCAGUGUUCUUCAGAAGAUGAAGACAUUUUUGAAGAAACUGCCCAGGUCAGUCCCCCACGAGGGAAGGAGAAGAGGCAGUGGAGGGCUCGAAUACCAUCCCUGAGCGUGCAGCCCGUCAGCAACGCCGACUGGGGAUGGCUGAUCAAGAGGCUUCAUAAGCUCUGUAUGGAACUUUGCAACAACUAUAUCCAGAUGCAUCUGGACCUGGAGAAUAACGUAGAGGAGCCUCCAGUGUUCAGAGGUGACCCUUUCUUCAUUUUACCAUCCUUUUACUCAGAAACCUCCACCCCGUCGACCGGAGGGCAAUCUGGAAAAGACACACCGUCAGAAGAUGACCGGAGUCAAAUCAGGGACCCACUGGGAGACAGCCUGACACCCCGAGGAGGGAGUGGAGAAAUGUUGCUGCUACCCCCACCCCUAAGUCCUAAAUCAGAGAAAAAAGAGCAAACGAGGAAAAAAGAAUGGUGGGAGAGUGCUGGCAACAAGAUCUACACCAUAGCCACUGACAAAACUAUCUCCAAGCUCAUGACAGAGUACAAGAAAAGAAAGCAGCAGCAACAGUUAAAUAAACUCACCAACAUUACUCAGUUCUCUUCGUGAGGCUGCAACCACCAGAGAUCUUAUUUUCUGCCUCAAGCGGUGGGCUCCUCUAUUUCCAAUGACCUUCUAAAGAGUCUUUCUGUUGUAUCCCAAUGUGUUCAGGCCUGGACCAACAUGGUGCUGACAGUCCUCAACCAGAUUCAGGCCCUGCCAGACCCCACCUUCACAGCCCUGCAGCCGGCCGUGUUCCCCUGCAUCAGCCAGCUCACCUGCCACGUCACCGACAUCCGGGUGCGCCAGGCCGUGCGGGAAUGGCUGGGGAGAGUGGGACGAGUUUACGAUAUCAUCCUUUAAACCUACCCCUUGCUCCCGUUGCAGAGGGGAGCAGGCAUCCCAGGUAUACAGCAAAGAAGUUCUUUGAGGUUCGUUCAUUGCCUAUUUGUUGGUGAUAAAUUAAGAAUCAAUGAGCUUGUCGAUGUGUAGCCUCUAUCCACGUCAGACUGUGUCCCUCACUCAUGAGUGUGUCCUUGGCGGGGGGGAAGGGUCUGGCCCCACAACCCAGAAACUGCCAGUAGAUCAGGGUGGUACCUAAAAGGGUGAUGAUACAUUGCAGUAGCCUUCAUUUUAAUUCAAAUUUGCAACAGUGGGAGCCACGAUAAACUCCAGCAGCAAUCCCACACUUGCAAAGAGCUGUGAAUGCAACUGUCAAAACCAGGCCAGCAAGCCUAUGUAACUUUAAAAAAAAAAAUAAGUAAAAAUCAGGAAGAAGGUGGGGCUACAGGACAAGUAAAAAGGUGACACUUGUUUGGGAUAAAUUUUUUUUCCCUUCUGAAAUUAGCAUGAGAGAGGAAAACCAAAUAAAAUAUCAUUGCAGUAACUAUAUGCCUCACUCACUAGAGAAAGUGGAAAUUUAUUUUGCUCUGAGAAGAGCUUUUAAAGUCUGGUCACAUUUUGGGGUAGCUAAUAAGUGACUAUUAAAAUAUCCCAGGUCCAAAACUGGUGAACCAAGCACAGACUAUUCAUCCUGUCAUUGCUCUUGUGGGGUAUGGCUUGAAGAGAGGUGGCACUGUCACCCUGCCCUCUCUACACCACCACCCUGGCUGCCUCUUCAGCUACACCUACAGCUGAUCCUUUUUCCAUGUGUCUAAUUCCCCCCCUCUGAGGGCAACAGGGAAGUUUGUUUUGCUGUUUCCUGGUGGGGUGGAGGAGAAGACACACCACAGAGCAAAUACCAGCAUGUGCCAAUAUCCAGCAUCCAACUAAACAAGUAGAGAUAAAGCGUUCCAGUUCAAGCAGUGCUGCAGCUCAGUUGGCUUAUGCUUCUACUGGAAAUAAUUUAGAUAUUUGCUUAUAUAGAGCUGCUGUAGCCAGGAUCACUCUUACCACCUUUGUUAAACUCCAUAGUGAGCUGAACCAAGAUGGAAAAUAGUCUGAAAGGAAGGAAUGUUUGCUGGUUCUCUCCCUUUUCUUGUCUGCUGCUGUAAAUAGAAGGGGACAGACCCUCCUGGAGGUAUGUCCCACUCUGUGCAGAACCCCUGCAGGCACUACCACGAUUUGCUGAUGUUAUUAAGGGGUGGGGGGAAGAAGGGGAGGGAUUGACUUUUGUCUUGUCAAACUCACACUUGGUGCUGUUCACACUUGACACAGCAAAGGGUCACCUCGCUGCACAGGUUGUCACAGCCCCUGGGACAUUCCACCUCGCGCUCCCAUCCUGCACAAUUUGAAGUUGAAAUGAUCUGUUGAAAAUAAGUAAGUUGGUUUCAUUUUAGGUGACCCCUUCAUGAUGUUCUCCCAAGGUUUGUAAAACGUGCGCACCGACUAAAUAUACAGCUUCAGCCCCUGCUCCAAAGCACCCUCAAAACCAGCAUCUCUUUAUAUCAGGCCUGGAUUUUGCACAACUAACUGCUUUUAGCAUCUUGAAUAUAGAAAAUCAGAGAAAGCCAGGAGCCAUCGCUCCAUCCUCUGGGUUCACAAAGAGUCUGCCCCUGUCCUCCUGCUUUUUCCCUCCAUUGCCUACUUCCCAUCUGUCACCUGCUGGACUUGUGCAGGGAAUAUUUGUCCCAUGAUUUUCUGUAGCAUCAGUCACACCCUUUCCCUCUAUUUCAAAACUUCCCUUUGCUAAAGUGUUUCAAGGACAUAAAAAUUCCUUACAAGCCAACUCUUUCUGACCACCUACAUUGAUUUUAUAAACAUGUAAAUUAGCAAUUUUAUCAAUUUUUUCCCCAACAAUCUUAAUACUUCCCUGGGGACAGGUGAGAUUGGCCCUUGGUAUAUGGGAGAGUAGUGGCAUGGUUUGAUUUCUGUUGCCAUGACUUUCUUACACAUCUUUAGGUACAGUAAAAAGGUGGUUAUAUUUUUGUUAAUCCUUUUAUUGGGCAU